AUGGCGACAAAACAUAUUAAUCGUUCAGUUCAAAUGACAAUUAGCAAACAAUACAUUGUUAGCAUUAUUGUAUCUUUUGGUUGUGUCUGUGCUGGCACCGUUCUUGCCUGGACAUCAUCAGUCCUUCCACACAUCACUAAAUCAACAAACAACCACACAAGUACCUCUGGAAUUAAUACCGCUUUAGCAAACACUACUUCUUCAGUGACUACACCAAUAUUAACUGAUAACUUCUUAGUGUCCGACAGUGAGGGUGGAUUGAUUGGCUCCAUACUCGCAAUUGGAGCUGUUUUGGGUGCUUUACCAGCCGGUUACAUAGCGAAACAAAUCGGUAUCAAAAAAGAAUUCCUUAUAAUUGCCGCUCUAUUUGUUAUCGGCUGGGGAGGAACAAUACAUCAUUCCCUCGAAACGAUUCUCUUGGGCCGUUUUGUUGGUGGUGUUGCCACAGGUGCAGUAUGCGUGUGUGUACCAAUUUACGUCAGCUCAAUUGCAAGUGUUUCUAUCCGUGGAAUCCUCGGAAGUUUCUUCCAAGUGUCUUUUUGUUUUGGUAUUUUAUUAGUUAAUCUCGUGGGCGGAUGUGUUCCAUGGGCGGAUCUAUCAUACUACAUGAUUGCUUUACCAGGAGCAUACUUUGUUGCGUUGUUAUUUAUUCCGGGUAUUGAUUUGGACAACGACGAUUCUUCACUUGACCACGAAACUGGAACUUUAUCAUUAUGGCAACAAUUGUCAAAGAGAAACAAUGUUAAAGCCCUCAUUGUUGGUCUAGGUUUAGUGUCCUUUCAACAACUAAGUGGAGUAAAUGCUGUUAUAUUCUACACUGGUGGCAUUUUCUCAGCUGCAGGUAGUGCGCUGUCUCCAAACGUCAGUACAGUCAUUGUAACCGGUGCACAACUAGUCAUUUCGGUAAUUUCCGCCGCCAUGAUUGAAAAAUUCAACCGUCGAUUGUAUCUACUAGUUUCAUCAAUAGGUAUGGGACUAAGUUUGCUUCUCCUUGCAGCGUACUUCAUCACAAAGCCUCUUUUACCAGGAGUCCUGCCACUUGUUUCAUUAGUGUUGUUCUUUUUGACAUAUUGUGCAGGUUAUGGUCCAUUACCAUGGCUAAUGUUGGGUGAAAUUUUUAGUCCUGAAUUUAAAUCAGUUGGAUGUUCAGUAGCAACAACUUUUAAUUGGUUGUUAGUGUUUGGAGUCACUUCAGUAUUUCCUGUUUUAUGCUCGUCCUUCGGAGAGGGUUAUACGUUUGCACUUUUUGGGGCGUUUAACGUCGCUGCAGUGAUAUUUACAUACACAAAAGUGCCUGAAACUAGAGGUAAAACCAGCGAACAAAUACAAGCUAGUUUUCUUUAA